AUUCACAACUCCAAACUCUCCGAAGACAACUGAAUCAUUGACGUCCCCCUCCACUACACAUAUAACAUCCUACCCUGUUAUUACAGAACAAGACGUAACUGUAAAUCAAACCCAAAGCACAUCAAUCUCAACCUCAAUGGAGUCUCAAACAACUCAAGAAACCAGUCCAACCACCAACAAAUUGUCAACUUCAGGAAUGUCACAAUCCACUUCUGAGAUGUCUUCAAUUGAGAUGUCUACUAAAGAACAUGGUUCCACAAGCCAUCCUUCAAUGGAAAGUACAGCUGUGGUCUCGACUGCAGAAGAUCAUAUUUCUACACCAUUCACAACUACAAACUCUCCGAAGACAACUGAAUCAUUGACGUCCCCCUCCACUACACACAUAACAUCCUACCCUGUUAUUACAGGACAAGACGUAACUGUAAAUCAAACCCAAAUCACAACCAUCACUACCCCAAUGGAGUCUCAAACAACUGAGUACAACAGUCCAACCACCAACAUAUUGUCAACAUCGGGUAUGUCACAAUCCACUUUGGAAAUGUCUUCAACUGAGAUGGCUACUGGAGAACACGGGUCAACAAGAACAAGCCAAUCGUCAAUGGAAAGUAAUCUGUCCACACCAUUCACAACUCCAAACUCUCCGAAGACAACUGAAUCAUUGACGUCCCCCUCCACUACACAUAUAACAUCCUACCCUGUUAUUACAGAACAAGACGUAACUGUAAAUCAAACCCAAAGCACAUCAAUCUCAACCUCAAUGGAGUCUCAAACAACUCAAGAAACCAGUCCAACCACCAACAAAUUGUCAACUUCAGGAAUGUCACAAUCCACUUCUGAGAUGUCUUCAAUUGAGAUGUCUACUAAAGAACAUGGUUCCACAAGCCAUCCUUCAAUGGAAAGUACAGCUAUGGUCUCGACUGCAGAAGAUCAUAUUUCUACACCAUUCACAACUACAAACUCUCCGAAGACAACUGAAUCAUUGACGUCCCCCUCCACUACACAUAUAACAUCCUUACCUGUUUUUACAGGACAAGACGUAACUGUAAAUCAAACCCAAAGCACAACCAUCACUACCCCAAUGGAGUCUCAAACAACUGAGUACAACAGUCCAACCACCAACAUAUUGUCAACAUCGGGUAAUCUGUCCACACCAUUCACAACUCCAAACUCUCCGAAGACAACUGAAUCAUUGACGUCCCCCUCCACUACACAUAUAACAUCCUACCCUGUUAUUACAGAACAAGACGUAACUGUAAAUCAAACCCAAAGCACAUCAAUCUCAACCUCAAUGGAGUCUCAAACAACUCAAGAAACCAGUCCAACCACCAACAAAUUGUCAACUUCAGGAAUGUCACAAUCCACUUCUGAGAUGUCUUCAAUUGAGAUGUCUACUAAAGAACAUGGUUCCACAAGCCAUCCUUCAAUGGAAAGUACAGCUAUGGUCUCGACUGCAGAAGAUCAUAUUUCUACACCAUUCACAACUACAAACUCUCCGAAGACAACUGAAUCAUUGACAAAAGGGAACUGCAACGCAAACCCAAAGCACAUCAAUCCCCACAUCAAUGGAGUCUCACAGGACUCAACAUACGAGUUCAACCAACAAUAG